ACAAGUGGGUUGGAUGGUAUGGUAGACAACAGUUAUCGCUUUCGUGCUUCACAGUUCAUCACCUUAAGGUAAUCCACGUCUAGAACUUUGGAACAGUAUGUUCCAUUUAUGACCUUUCAACCACCAAGAAUCUCGGUUUCACAAUUGACAACACAAACCCAAAACAAGAACACUUGAAACACUUGAUCAAAAAUGUCCAUUCCCAGCCUGGUUCCCCUGACCUUCCUCUACCUGGUACUGCUUUUCCUCCAUACCCAAGUGUCGAUCUGCAAUGGGGUCUCAGUUCUGGGCCUGGAUUCGCUGGAAAACAGUGAAAUGGAUGCAAUGGUGAAAAGGGUUUGCACCCAAAAGAUUGGGGAAUGUUUUUCAGAUACUGAGAUGGAUACGGAGACCAACAGGAGAGUUCUGGUGAUGCAGAAGAAGUAUAUAAGCUAUGAGACACUGAGGAGGGGCAUGACUCCAUGUGCUAAACCGGGGGCAUCAUACUACAAUUGUCAGGCUGGAGUGGCAAAUCCUUACAACAGAGGUUGUGAGGUCAUUACUAGAUGUGCAAGAGGAUGUUGUCGUUGACAUCUUUCUGGAUGGGCAUGGUCACCUGAUGCCAAAACAAUUGCUGGACGUGCAUAGUCACUAUGUUGUCUUUCUUCUUUGGUGUUUCUAAGUUUAAGGACUAUUGCUGCAUAAUCUCCACAAUUUCCAUUCUCUUUUCUUCCUAGAUCCAUGACCCAACCGAUGAAUAUGAUCCCUUGUUUCCUACAUUGUGCAUCAAAUUGCUCAAGCAAGUUGAAUGACAACAUUGUCUUUAGUUGUACCUUAGGCUGCCUCAUAAGCAAGCUAACCCCAAUUCUCCAACACUCAUGGAUGUCCUAGGGACUUUUUGCCUGUGUGCAAUAUUUGAUCAUUCAAUUUACAAACUUUUUUUAGUCCUUGUACAUUUCACUUUCUUCUUUUCAUUCUCUUUGGUAGUAUCAGAGUGGCCUUGGUUGUUCUAUGCAUUGCAACUAUGUCGUCAUGAAAGGCAAAAUUCCUAGCAGCUUGUGAUAUGAAUAAACUGCUACACUCAAACUUAAUGAUACAUAAUUAGAACAACUAAAGUUGUGCCACAUUUUUCAGAUGAUGCAUAUGUUGUGCCAUUGACAAAUACUUGAUUAAGUCUAAAAAUUGUGAUGGUUACUUGGAUUAUAUAGUCUUUUUUUUUUUUUUUUACUUGGAAUCUCUAUAACAGAAAGCUUGCAAUGUUAGAUCCUAAUUAGCAAUUUCAUCUAGAUUUUAAUGAAGUAACUAGUCUGAAAACUAGUGCAUCCUAAAAUUCAGAGUAAGAUCAUGGGGCAAAUAACCAUCUGCCUUCUCUGCACUUAAAAGUUUUGGCCAAUCACUGGUCCUUGCCUGUACUUUUUCAUUUUUAAUGCAUUUUCUCCUCGUUUGUGUUACUUUUUGCUCAUUGAGACGGCUAGGGUAGCUGACACCUAACAUGAUGCUUUUUGUUCUUGGUAAAUUGAGGAUCUGAAAGUAUGAUUGAUUUUGUGAUUAGAACUCGCACGGCACAAGUCAAGUUUUGUUUAACCUCAAUUGCAAUAAUAAUCUGAAUCCCUAGAAUGACCUUAUGAAAAACCACUGCCAAGUCUUGCCCCUGGCCUCCUAGUCUUAGAUCAGGGGAAGGAACUAUUUGACGAAUUUGCAAAAUUCUGUCCAUGGAAACAAGUUUCUUUUCUUGGGAAAUUCUUCUCUCUCUUUUAUUUGCUUUUAUAACUCAUUUAUCCUGUAGAAUUGUCUAGUGAAAUGCGUCCUCUCUCUUCAAC